AUGUUUACGCUUAAAGCAGAGGAAGCUGAUGAGAAGGAAGAUGCAGGUGCAAGAUGUUGUGGGUAUUCUUUUGGCGCCGCUUCCCUUCCCCACCAACUUCUCGCCCUCUACUCCUCCCCACCCCAGCACAGGCAGCCGCUCCAGGGCAAGUCUAUGCAGGCUCCACACACUGAUUCUGACCUGCAUAAUGGACUCUGCCCGGGGCACCCAUGUCCAAACCAGCCCAGGUGCCCAAAGCACCGGCACCGGUACGAGCCAGGGCGGCUGCAAUGCUCCCAAGUGCCCAGUGCUGGGGGUUGGGGGUGCCACGGCUUGGGAGGCUGCCCAGAGGGCGGAAGGGUCCUCUGCAGAGCUCUGCACGCCUGUCGGCCGACGGGGACUCUGCACGGCGGGCUGCGUCACGGCCGCCUCAUCGGCCGGCAGCGCAGGAAACCCCGUCACCUUCUCGAGGUAGUGACAGUCCUGCCGCCAGCCGUUCCUGCGAUCCCAGGGUCUCUGCAGUUACACCUGGUUCCAGCCGGGGGCGCCGCGCCGCACCGCUCCUGCGGAGGAGCCAGGCGCCCUUCACAGGCGCGGCCUCACCCUCCUUACUUGUCAGGUGUGAGUCGCCCCACGUGCACCCGAACGCGGUCAGGUCCACCCAGGAAGCCGGAGCAGGACUUUGGGCAGCGAGCUCGCUGUGAGUUAGAGAGCAGAGGGACAUCUGUGGCUAAGGAAUUCGUUGCAUGGAUGAAGACCCAAGCAAAGGAGCUAGAACCAAAUGGACGCUGUGCUGCUCAGCCCACCCCAGGCAGGGCAGGGAGGACAGACACUAGAGAGGCUCCCGGGAGCUCCCUGUUUCCUCAAAGCAUGAAAAAGCACUUAAUGAGAUUUUUCACAUUCCAGAAAUGGAAGGAGAUGGCCUCCUUUGGACAUGUGCCUACACGAGGGCUGUCACUGUUGCCAGGGACAGGCUCUCCAGGAAGACUUCCUGGAGGAGGCGGGCCUCAGCUGGACCGCAGGCGGCCAGGAGGAGCUGGGGGUGGUGGUGGUGGGGGCGAGGGUGAAGGUGGUUGGAGAUCGGGGGAGACUGUGAAGAGGAGGGCGAGGCCUGGACCUGGGCCUUUCCAGGCAGGCGGCCCAAACGGAUCUACGCAGCCAGCCAGCCACCCCUCCCAGUUGGGGUCGGCGCGUCCCCCUCCAGGCCGGUGCGGGGAGAGUCUGGCCUUCUGGAGGCCCGGGGCAGCAGGACUGGGAGAGCCGCGGUCUCCUUCCCGUCCCCUGCUUCCGGCAGACCCGCGUUUCCAGGGCCCCGUCCUUUACCCGGGGCGGCCGUCCUCCCGUGCCCAGCCUCUGGCGAGGCCACCGCUCCCCGCAGCGCCGGUGUCACGGCCCCACGGAGGGCCAGGAGCUUCCAGGGCGCCCCAGCGGCGGGGUGGACGCUGCCAGGGGGUACCACGGCAGGGCCCGCGCUGCCCAUCCCGCGCCACGCCCCCACCUCCGCCGGCACCGUUGCCAGCAGCCCGGCUGCGAGCCCGCCGGCGCCCGGCCACCCGCCCGCUGCGUCGCCUGGCAGCGCGCCUGCAGCUGAGUCAGCCUGUUGCAACCUGCUGUAUGAAGAACACCUUUGAAGGUAUCAGACGUAGCUGUCUUUUCUCUUAAAUACAAUUCACAGCAGCAGGAAAGGGCCUGCUCACCUGCUGGCCAGAGGCUUCCUGGCUCUCAGCCUCCCUGACUACUUUUUUUGAGACAGGGUCUUGCAGUGUCACCCAGGCUGGAGUGCAGUGGCGCGAACACGGCUCACUGCAGCCUCAACGUCCCAGGCGCAAGUGAUCCUCCUGCCUCAGCCUCCCAAAGUGCUGGGAUCCACAACUCCCAGUGAUUCCCAGGGACCUGAGACAGAGCCUCCAUGGGCAAUAAACACACCAUGGUUUGUGUUUGUUUGUGUUUGGAUGUGCAUUGAAUCCUGGUAACUGUGAUUACCUGGGGUGGGAGGGCACUGGGGACGAGGGAGGACUUUUCACUGUACUUUGCUGCUGUUUGAAUUUUUGUCACGUAUAUAUUACUUAAAAAUGUUUAUUUAAAAGCAUUUCAAACCUACAAAAAGGUGUCAGAAACAAAUGUGACACACAGUCACGCUGCCUUUCUCCCCAUUCCACACCCUGCAGUACUAGCUUCAGUACUUCUCUGAGGAGUGAGGAGUGGAUAAAGCCUCAGAAUGCUUUAUUUUAUAUAUAAUUUUUUUCCUUUUUUUUUUUUUUUUUGAGAUGAAGUCACACAAUAUUGCCCAGGCUGGUCUCAAAUUCCUGGGCUCAAGCAAUCCUCCUGCCUUGCUCAAGCAUGAGCCAGUAUGCCUGGCCAAGGAGCUGAUUUCUGAUCCUAGGUCUUGAAAUUUUUUUUAUUUUUCUUUUCUUUUCUUUUCUUUUUUUUUUGGUAAACUUUUGUUUUAGGUUCACGGUGUAUGUGCAGGUUUGUUAUAUAGGUAAACUUGUAUCAUGGGGGUUUGUUGUACAGAUUAUUUCAUCACCCAGGUACUAUGCCUAGUACCCAAUUCAAAUUCUUUUCUUUCUUCUUCUUCUUCUUCUUCUUCUUCUUUUUUUUUUUUUUUUUGAGGAAGGGUCUCACUCUGUGGGCUGGCAUGCAGUGGCGCGAUCUCAGCUCACUGCAACCUCUGAAUCCCAGGCUCAGGUGAUCCUCCCACCUCAGCCUCCUGAGUGGCACACACCACCAUACCCAGCUAAUUUUUCUAUUUUUAAUAGAGAUGGGGUUUCUCCAUGUUGCCCAGGCUGGUCUCGAACUCCUAGGCUCAAGCAAUCCACCUGCCUUGGCCUCCCAAAGUGCUGAGAUUACAGGCAUGAGCCACCUUGCCCGGCCCCAAUUCAGAAUUCUUAACACAGUCUUCUGAGUAGUGUCACCAGUUGAUCAUAUCAGAAUUUUUGAAAGCUGUUGGCUGUCCUGUAGACUGUCCCCUCCGACAUUGUCCGCAGCACCAAAUCUGGCCUGCAGAUGGUCUGGGGCCAUCUCAUCAGCAGGCAGGUCUGUCCCAGGUCCUGAUUCUGCCCAGGGAACUGGCAGUUCCUGAGAAGUGAGAGGUAUGCAGUUACCUCUCAACACCUCUUCAGUCCGUAUCCCCCAGAGCAUUUAAGGUCUUUCUGGGGAGAUAUAACAAAAACCAAGAGUAAUUAAGAUGGGACUUGGACUCUGGCCUGGAGAAGAUUCUAAUGUAGUUGGAGAACAAUACAAAGCAGCAAAAAUAAGAUUGCUUAUGUGUUGGGUGUACGUGUUUAAUUAUGUAGGACUUUGGGCAUUAUUUGGUCUCAGAAUCCUGGGGCUUGGAAGGCCCUGGAGGAGCCUCCUCUAGGACAUGGGACCUGAAAAAUCUCCUAGCUGGUGGUUGCCACUGUGAAUCCCUCUCUCCAGGACAGAGAAACCUGACAUUAUCUGGGCCCCCACAUUUGAUCUGGCUUGUUCUAAAUCAACUCUUGAAAGCCUGCCGUAUAAAGGAGAAAGUGCCCUUUGGCUCACCGGGAGUAAGAAAUACAGCCGUCAGGAGAAACAGAAAGUCCGUGCCUGCUGCAGGCACACUCCUGGGUCCACGGGAAACUCCACCAGGAAAGGCAAUUAUUACAGAAGAGAACACUGCUUGGAGUUGUGGACACUGUUGCCUACCCAGCUUCCAUUCUCCCCUUCCUUCCUAACAGCACCCCAGUUUUGUUCAGGUAUCUGCCUGUCUACACAUGCUUCAGGGAAAGCUGACCCAUGCUCAGCCCCUUGCCUGCAGCUCCUGAGUGGGGGUUGGGAAGCUGAUUUUUCAGAUACUGAUCCCAUUGCAUUUGCCAACUUGUGCAUGGCAUUUCCUGGCCCAAGGUUUACUUCAGGAAUGGGUUUGUAAUCAAAUUCAGCCCAGUGAAAUAUGAGGAUAAGUUUGGAGACUUCUGGGGAAGAAACGUGCUCCUGUUCUUUAAGGAGAGAACUACCAGAAGAGCCCUCAUUCUCCUCCAGAGUGGCAAGCAGAUAUGGGAACUGAAACUUCAAGAACCAUUUGGCUAUCAGGAAGGAGGCAGCCUGACAACAAAGACAGCCCCAGAAGAGGAUGUAAUUAAGGAAAUCAGAGAGAAACAGAGCCAGGUUGCUGGAUCAUUCUGAUCCUGAAGCCUCCAUUACAUCUAAUCACAGACUGCUGUGGUUGGCAGAGGGGUGCAUCUUUGAUUGUCGCUGGGGACGAAAGCAGAUUCCCAAAAGCAGAUGUCCCAGCUGGGUCCCGCACCUCUCCCUGCCAUUGCCCCCUGGGUCCCACUGAUGUCCUGUUUCCAGUCCAGGAUCCCAUUCAGAAUCCAACAUGGCACUUGUCUCCUCCCAUGUGGGGCAGUUCCCCCGUCUUUCCUUGUCGCUGGGACACUGGCCAGCUAUUUCAUAGGACAUUUCUCACUUUGGAUUUGUCUGCUGUUUUCUCAAUAUUAGAUUGAGGAUAUGCAUUUUUGGCACAAAUGCCAAAGAAGUGAUGCUGUGCGCCUCUCAGGACACUGUCAAGGGCGGGGUGAUGAUAUGUCUCAUUACUGGUCAUGGUAGUUUGGAUCACUUGGUUAAAGUGGUGUCUCUGAAGUUUCUCCACUGGAAAGUUGCUAUUUUCCCUUUGUAAUUAAUAAAUGUCCUGUGGGGGAGAUGCUUUAUGAGUAUGUAAAUAUCCUGUUUCUCAUCAUAUUUUUGCCUACUCAUUUUAGCGUCGGUUGAUGAUUCCUGGCUGCAACAGUUAUUACCAUAGUUUUUAGCAAAUGGUGAUUUUCUUUGUAUAUCACUGUUUCUAUAUUUAUUAAUUGGAAUUCUACUGUAAAAAAGAACUCUUUCCUCCAUGUGUAUUUAUUCCAUUAUUUUUAUAUCUGUAUGAACUCUUGGAUGUUUCUCUUAUUCUAUGGGUUAUAAUUCAUUGCAAUUAUUUUUACUCAAAUUGUACCAGAUUUGGGAUCUGUACCCGAUACUGGGAUCUCCUUAGUUGGCUCCUACGUGCUCCUAUGUCCCUGGACAUGCCCAUCCUUCUUUGAUCCCUUCCUUACAUUCUGGCACAAGAUGCUCCAGGCUCAUCUGGUAUUCUCCCUGUCUCAGCCGUGGAAUCAAUUGUUUCUCUAAGAACCCUGACUUGUUUUGCUGGAGGAUGAUAUUGAGAAAGUGAGAUCUGGGCACCAGUCAGAUUUAACUUGGUCAAAUGAAACUGCAGAACUGUGCUGACAGGCGGGACAGUGUGGGAAGGAGGGGUCGGACUGCAGGGUCCAGGCGAGGGGCAGAGGGACAGACAGACUCUGAGAGGGAGGGCAGCUUGGCCUCUCAGUCCUUGGCUGGGAGCCCCUGUGGGGAGCACGGCUUGUGGAUUCAGCACUGGCAGAGCUUGCCUCUAGGGUGUACACCUGGAAGCUGCAGUUGGGAGGGAGAGGAAAAACUUUUACUUUUUAAAAAUCAUAGGCAUCUAUUAUUAAUACUUUAAACAUU